AUCCGGGAAUGACGUAUCUCCUUCCAGCAGGUCUUAAAUUACCCUCAUUAACGAAUGUUGAAGUUCCGUACUUCGAAAUUGUCCCUCAAGACGAUGGAACAGUCGUUUAUUGCGAAAAAAAACGCAAGAAAAAAUGCCCGAUGAGAGUUACUAACUACGAUCCUCGUAACACAAAAUGUGAUAUUUGCGGCCAUUCUGUUCCAAGUUCAGAUCGACUAACAGCUCAUCGCAAAGGACACAUGUUUUUCAAGUUUACCGACGAAAUUUGUCGCGGCUGUGGAAAAAAUUGCGGCGAUAAUCCCACGGAAAAAUUAAAUCAUUCAUUUUUUUGCGUUGGAAAAGACAAAAUUAACGGGCUUGGCAUGCGUCGAAUGCUCUUACGUGGGAAAAGAUUACCAAAAAUUACGAAAUCAUUUGAAGAAAAAUCAUCGCGGAUAUAACCCUGUACCGGAAAAUAGUCGCGCCAACGAGGUUUCAUGCGAAUUAUGCGGCGCAAAAAUCAUUGACGAAGCAGCUUUAAUUGUUCAUCAACAACAAAAAUGCCCAAAAUUGGAAGAACAUCGCGAAAAAAAGAAAAUCGAAAUACAAGAAUAUCUUAAAAAUUUAGAUUUACCUUCAACUACUGUCUUACCCGACAUUGAAAAGCUCAAGGGGAAACAUAGUAAGAUGUACCCGCAACCAGAUGGCGCUUCAAUCUUUUUGAGCAGAUCACGAACGCAUCUUGAGAUCAUGAAUUUCGAUCCGCGCAGAGAGCGAUGUGAACUUUGUGGCAAACCUCACAUGCUGAAAAAGGCUGAAGUAGUCGAACAUCGUUUAAAAAGACAUUUUUUCCCAAAUCCCGAAGAUACAAAAUGUCCCGGAUGUGAUAAAAUUUGCUUAACUGCAGAACAAAAAAUGGCGCAUUCUCAUUUUUGUCCGAAAAAAGACAAAAUUCGUGUCAAUUUCUGUCAAAUUUGUGAAACGCAGUUUCCGAAUUAUUCAAAAUAUGCGAAACAUUUGCGUAAAAGACACAAUGGCGAAGGUUUAGAUAAGAAAUAUAUGUGUCAUUAUUGCAGCGCUACCUAUGAUACAACGAGGGAACUAAAAUUGCAUGUCAUCAGACAUGAAGAUCCGCGCCCUUUUAAAUGUCAUCAUUGCGCGGAAGAUUUUAAAGGAAAAGUAGGGUUAGAAAGUCAUUUAAUUCGGAUUCAUUUCCCGCAUAUUGCGAAAUAUUCGUGUAACGUUUGUGAUCCUCCCGUCUUAUUUGCGAAGCCAAAAGCGUAUAAUGCGCAUAUUAACGCCGUGCAUGUUCGUACGAAAGAACGCGAGCCAUGUCCUUACUGUGGCGCCCUCAUUCGUGUUGUCGGUAUGGAUUUGCAUGUGCGACGUCAACACACGGAACACGAUUUAAAGCAAAAGUUUCCCUGUGGCACGUGCGGAAAACUUUUCGUUAGUCAAACGAAUCUCAAAGUUCAUGAAAGAACGCAUUUGCCGGAGCAUGAAAGAGAAUUCAAGUGUCGUUUUUGCGAGAGAAGGUUCAAUUCGCGCGGCGUUUGUAUCGAACACGAGAGAUUUCAUACCGGCGAAAAACCAUACAAAUGUGAUAUUUGCGGUAAAGGUUAUGCGCGAAGUCAAACACUGAAAGAUCACAAACGAGAGCAUACGGGAGAAGUUUUUACGUGCCAAAUUUGCGGGAAAACCUCGACAGAUCGAGGGAAUUUUAGGCAUCACAUGAAACAACAUGAAAGUCAAUUGGGCAUGAAAUUGACGUUGAAUCAGGAGGAUCGAAGGCUUGUCAAGUUACGCGUCAUUACGGAAGAACAAGCUUUACGGGGCGAGGGACCGAGUAAAUAA